AUGCAUAGAUCACAGGUUUUCCUUUGCCUUCUGAUCUCCCUGGGAUUGACAGUCAGUGACGAGCCAGUCUUGGAGAAGGAUUUAGAAGCUGGGGAGAGGGUCUUAGACCAGGCGGAACCUGGGAGACAAGAAUGCUCUGCUUGUUUGUGGAGGGAGCACAGCAAAGCUUUGAGGUUGGAAUCCAUUAAGUCUCAGAUCCUGAGCAAGCUACGUCUGAAACAAGCUCCCAACAUCAGUCGAGAUAUUGUCAAUCAGCUCCUGCCCAAAGCUCCCCCUUUGCAGCAACUGCUGGACCGAUAUGAUAUCCAAGGGGAUGACUGCCUAGCCAAAGAGCCUCUUCUGGAAGACGACGAGUAUCACGCAACGACAGAAACUGUCAUUACCAUGGCCACUGAACCUGAACCCUGUGUCCAAGUGGAUGGGAGCCCAAAAUGUUGCUUUUUUAAAUUUAGCCCCAAAAUAACAUUUACAAACGUGGUGCGAGCUCACCUGUGGGUUUAUCUGCGUCCAGUCCUGCACACCUCCACUGUGUACCUGCAGAUCCUCAGGCUGAAACCUGUGACGGAGAAGGGCAGCAGGCAUUCACGGAUCCGAUCCUUAAAAAUAGACUUGAACUCCCGCAACGGGCGCUGGCAAAGUAUCGACUUUAAGCACGUGCUGCAGAACUGGUUCAAGCAACCUCACACCAAUUGGGGCAUUGAGAUCAACGCCUUUGAUAUGAACGGCAACGACCUGGCCAUCACAUCUCCAGGAAAUGGAGAGAAGGGACUGCAACCAUUCCUGGAAGUCAAAGUGGCAGAAACAAACAAACGUACCCGGCGAAAUCUGGGGCUAGACUGUGAUGAGCACUCCACAGAGUCGCGCUGCUGUCGCUACCCAUUAACGGUUGAUUUUGAGGCCUUUGGCUGGGACUGGAUUAUUGCUCCCAAACGCUACAAAGCCAACUACUGCUCCGGUCAAUGCGAGUACAUGUUCAUGCAGAAAUACCCACAUACCCACUUGGUGCACCAUGCCAAUGCAAGGGGCUCAGCAGGCCCCUGCUGUACACCAACCAAAAUGUCACCCAUCAACAUGCUUUACUUUAACGACAAGCAACAGAUCAUCAACGGGCAAAUUCCAGGCAUGGUGGUCGAUCGGUGUGGCUGCUCUUAA